AUGAAAUCCAAGGAAGUACGCGGACUUGCGAAAUUAUCCAAGGGUAUGGCUUCUUGUGCUGCCCAGGCGACAACCUACGGACAAUGCAUUGCUUCAAAGUACAAGGAUGUGCACAAAGACAUGUGCGUCAAAGAAUUCGAAGCAUUCAAAUCAUGUGUUCAGCAUGCGUUAAAGCGCUCAUGGUAA